AUGCUCGACGAGGCGUCAAAUCUUUCGCCAAACAACCUGGCGCUGCCGUGCUGUCCAAUGGGGACCUUUGGAGGUCUGCCGGAGUACAAAGAGGCAGGCUCCUUUCACGUCCAUCUGAGUGCCCUCGUUCCAAAAUCUGAUGUCGAGGCCGUACCACCUCCAAAGAAGAAGAGCUUAUAUGCGGUUCCCCUGGAAAUGAGAAGUUCUUUCUUGGUGCAGAUGUUGCGGGACUGCUUUGUGGUCCCGGACUGGCUGGGAACCAUCUGCAAGAUCUCCGGAGAAGCAGCCCUCCUUGUGACCGACACAGUGCCCCAGACACCGUACUUUUGGGCAAUUCACCUCACGGAGGAAAGCCAUCGGAACAUGCAGAGGCUGUUCUCCAUUUUGGCAGAAGUUGAAUCCCAGAUGCCCUUCCUGCCGAAACAGGAAGUCCAGCGAGGAACGCGGUGUAUGGCGGAGUGCAUUGUGGGAGAGGAAGGUACCGCCUGGAAUAGAUGGCAAAGGAUUUGGGGGCACGUCCUGACACAUAUGCGCCACGCUCUUGGCCCUUGCUGUUGUCCCCCAAAUGCCCGGACUAUAACCAAACCAGAGCUGUGCAAGAAAGGAAAACUAGGUCUCCUUUGA